AUGGCGCUCUCCCGGUUGUCUCUUGACAACCACCUGACAACCCAACACAGCGUUAUCAACACCAUCUCCACUGAUCUUAGCUCUGCUCUCUCCCUCUGUUUCUAUCAGACUAACUAUGUCCCUGACCUUGUGAACAUUAUUCUGUGGCUGGGCAGGCUGCCAGCAUACCGGAGUGCUGCAGCCACUGUCACCACCACUUCAUCAGAGCUAUCAUCUGCUCUGAGUGAGUUGUUGCUACCUUACAUGCGGGACAAACAAUGGGUUUAUAAAAAGUUUCUCUUUAAUAAUUUAAGUGGUGAUUCCUCUCGGUACCAGACUUUCCAGACGAUACUUUCCCUAGCUGAGAUAUGGAACUACCUACAGUUCUUACAGAAGGGUGAUUACAGAAGGUUGUGUGACAGAGCUCUAGAUACCAAGUAUCUAUCAACCCCACCAGCAGCGGACUCUGAAUCUACCGACACACUUCCUGACCUGCCUGAUUACUACUUCCUGUUUGAGAAACACCUGAUCAGAUCUCUAACCCAACUCCUCCACUGCUCCCUCCCUCUAAUCUGGAGAUCCUGGCUGUACAGGAGAGUGGUGAAGAUGAGGAGGACCCAACAGAGUGGCCUCUGUGGGGAAUGUGAUCAGAGAGCUGUUAAUGUUGUGUGGACAGGAUGUGGACAUCUUCAUUGUCAUUACUGUUUGGGAGAAAAGUGUGGUGUUUGUGAUGCCCCCAUCGAGCAGGAUACACUUUGUUAUCCCUGA